AUGGCCCCGCCAACAACUUCACAAGGCCCGCCCUCCCCAGGCCGACCUCGAGUCUCCCGCUCCACCUCCAGUACCGCAGCGAGAAAACAGCCGGCCUCCUCCCACCCGCAUCCUACACCUCCGGCGUUACAUCAACAUCCGUCAGCGUAUGACUUUGCUGCCGCUUCUUCUUCAGCGGUGGUACGCCGUUCGCGGAGAGCCAUGACUUUCGAGGAGGUGCGGAAUGGGCGGAUCCUUGAUCCGGAGGAGGGGAGCGCUUUAUUUGAGGGGAUUGGAUUGGAGGAUGGGGACAUCAAGAAGCUGAAGCGGAAGCUGCGACCGUAUUACGAACAUCUCGCCCAAUUACAGGAGCACUACCAAGAGGUGGAUAGUAUCCUCUCGGGUUCCAUCCCGUACGCUGUCGCUACCUCCUUUCAUGCAGGCACAGGUCAUCGAUCGCAAGCCAAGCAGAAGACGUAUACUCAACUCCUACGAGAUCUUGAAGAUGAGGCGUAUACGAGCGGCGAGGAGGGAGGCACGGAGGAGGAGUGGAUGCGACGGGGAUCGACAUGGAGAAUACAGAAGCAGAAGAAGAAAGGGGGCGACGAAGAAGCAGGAGAGGAAACGGCUUUGCUCAGUGGGGAAGAGCGGGAGGAACGUAGGGAUAGGAUCGCUCAGAUUGCGGUGUACGUCAAUACCGCAGUCAAUAUCGUCCUAGUGAUAGCGAAGGUCUUCGCAGUACUCUACUCCGCCUCCAUCUCGCUCACAGCCUCGCUCGUCGAUUCGGUCCUAGACCUGCUCAGUACCUUCAUCAUCCUCGGCACGACCUGGGCGAUCGGGAUGAAGGGCGACGCGCAUGUCUAUCCCGCAGGGAAGAAACGCUUCGAGCCUCUGGGAGUUCUCAUCUUCUCCGUCGCCAUGAUAGCAUCCUUCGUUCAGGUAUUCAUCGAGUCUUUCCAGCGGGCAAGAGCGCCAUCGGACGAGUCUCCGGUAGAUCUGAGUAACGUAGGGAUAGCGACUAUGUUGGCCACUAUCGGUGUCAAGGCUAUCCUCUGGGUCUGGUGCUCUCGUAUCCCAUCUUCAGGUGUUCAAGCCCUGGCCCAGGAUGCAGAAAACGACGUAUUCUUCAACAUCAUGUCGCUUGCUUUCCCGUUCCUGGGCGGCCUGUUCAAUUUCCGCCUCCUCGAUCCGAUAGGAGGGAUGGUACUGAGCACAUAUAUCAUUGUGGAAUGGGUCAAGACUCUCUUGGAGAACUUUAGAAACUUGUCUGGAAGGUCGGCCUCAAAGGAUCAAGUAACGAGAGUGUUGUAUCUCGUCACCCGCUUCAACCCGGUAUUGGAGAUUGCCGAUGUAGAGUGCUAUCAUAUCGGCGAUGAUUUGAUUGUUGAGAUCGACGUCAUCCUACCCAGAUCGAGCACUCUGCAUUUCGCUCAUGACGUCGGAGAGACUAUCCAAUGCUGUUUGGAGAGCCUUGACGGCAUAUUGCGAGCAUACGUCCAGUGA